CGGGCGGCUGCGCGGGAACCCGGAGCCCGGAGCCCGGACCCACGGCUGGGCGGACGGCUGCGCCCCGGGUGCGCGGUCAGCCUCCUCAGUUCUCCCGAGCGCUCCGUUCGUCCUGGAGAAGAUGGCAAUGCCCACCAUGGUGAACGUGGAGGCCCUCCCGGAAUACGAGAAGAGCCAGAUCAAGAGAGCCCUGGAGCUGGGCACGGUGAUGACCGUGUUCAGCUUCCGCAAGUACACCCCAGAGCGGAGGACUGUCCAGGUGAUCAUGGAGACGCGGCAGGUGGCCUGGAGCAAGACCGCCGACAAGAUCGAGGGCUUCUUGGAUAUCAUGGAAAUAAAGGAAAUCCGCCCGGGGAAGAACUCCAAGGAUUUCGAGCGUGCGAAAGCAGUGCGCCAGAAAGAAGACUGCUGCUUCACCAUCCUGUACGGCACCCAGUUCGUCCUCAGCACGCUCAGCUUGGCAGCUGACUCCAAAGAGGAUGCCAUCAAAUGGCUCUCGGGCUUGAAGAUCUUACACCAGGAAGUGAUGAGUGCGUCCACGCCCACCAUCAUCGAGAGUUGGCUGAGGAAGCAGAUAUACUCCGUGGAUCAAACCAGAAGGAACAGCAUCAGCCUGCGCGAGCUGAAGACCAUCCUACCGCUGCUCAACUUCAAAGCCAGCAGCGCCAAGUUCCUCAAGGAUAAGUUUGUGGAAAUAGGCACGCAGAAGGAUGAGCUCAGCUUCGAGCAAUUCCAUCUCUUCUAUAAAAAACUGAUGUUCGAACAGCAAAGAUCGAUUCUCGACGAGUUCAAGAAGGAUUCCUCCGUGUUCAUCCUGGGGAACACCGACCGGCCGGACGCCUCUGCCGUUCACCUGCACGACUUCCAGAGGUUUCUCUUGCACGAACAGCAGGAGCUCUGGGCCCAGGAUCUGAACAAAGUGCGUGAGCGGAUGACAAAGUUUAUCGACGACACCAUGAGGGAGACGGCCGAGCCCUUCUUGUUCGUGGACGAGUUCCUCACGUACCUGUUCUCACGAGAAAACAGCAUCUGGGACGAGAAGUAUGACGUGGUGGACAUGCAGGACAUGAACAACCCCUUGUCUCAUUACUGGAUCUCCUCCUCCCACAACACGUACCUCACUGGGGACCAGCUGCGGAGCGAGUCGUCCACGGAGGCGUACAUCCGCUGCCUGCGCAUGGGCUGCCGCUGCAUCGAGUUGGACUGCUGGGACGGGCCCGACGGGAAGCCCAUCAUCUACCACGGCUGGACGCGGACCACCAAGAUCAAGUUCGACGACGUCGUGCAGGCCAUCAAAGACCAUGCCUUUGUCACCUCAAGCUUCCCGGUGAUCUUGUCCAUUGAGGAGCACUGCAGUGUGGAGCAGCAGCGCCACAUGGCCAAGGUGUUCAAGGAGGUGCUGGGCGACCUGCUGCUCACCAAGCCCACAGAGGCCAGUGCUGACCAGCUGCCGUCACCCAGCCAGCUGCGGGAAAAGAUCAUUAUCAAGCACAAGAAGCUGGGCCCUCGAGGGGACGUGGAUGUCAACAUGGAGGACAAGAAAGACGAACACAAGCAGCAGGGUGAACUGUACAUGUGGGACUCCAUCGACCAGAAGUGGACGCGGCAUUACUGUGCCAUCGCCGAUGCCAAGCUGUCUUUCAGCGACGACAUAGAGCAGGCGGUGGAGGAAGAGCCGCCCCAGGAUACGCCCCCCACGGAGCUGCAUUUUGGGGAGAAAUGGUUUCACAAGAAAGUCGAGAAGCGGAUGAGCGCCGAGAAGCUGCUGCAAGACUACUGCGCCGAGACAGGGGGCAAGGACGGCACGUUCCUGGUGCGCGAGAGCGAGACCUACCCGGACAAGUACACCCUGUCCUUUUGGCGAUCCGGCCGCGUCCAGCACUGCCUGAUCCGCUCCACCGUGGAGGGCGGCACCACGAAGUACUAUUUGACUGACAACCUCAAGUUCACCAGCAUCUACGCCCUCAUCCAGCACUACCGCGAGGCGCACCUGCGCUGCACCGAGUUCGAGCUGCAGCUCACCGACCCCGUGCCCAACCCCAACCCUCACGAGUCGAAGCCGUGGUUCUACGAUGCGCUGAGCCGCGGGGAAGCUGAGGACAUGCUCAUGCGGAUCCCGCGGGACGGCGCCUUCCUGAUCCGCAGGCGGGAAGGAAGCGACUCCUACGCCAUCACCUUCAGGGCCAGGGGCAAGGUGAAGCACUGUCGCAUCAACCGUGAUGGCCGGCACUUCGUGCUGGGGACCUCUGCCUACUUUGAGAGCCUCGUGGAGCUCGUCAGCUACUACGAGAAGCACACGCUGUACCGGAAGAUGAGGCUGCGGUACCCCGUGACGCCCGAGCUGCUGGAGCGCUACAGCAUGGAGAGAGACAUAAACUCCCUUUAUGACGUCAGUAGGAUGUACGUGGAUCCGAGUGAGAUCAACCCUUCCAUGCCUCAGAGAACCGUGAAAGCUCUCUAUGACUACAAAGCCAAGCAGAGUGACGAGCUGAGCUUCUGCCGCGGUGCCCUGAUCCACAACGUCUCCAAGGAGCCCGGUGGCUGGUGGAAAGGAGACUACGGGACCAGAAUCCAGCAGUACUUCCCAUCCAACUACGUCGAGGACAUCUCCACAGUGGACGUGGAGGAGCUGGAAAAGCAGAUUAUCGAAGACAACCCCUUAGGCGCUCUCUGUAGAGGAAUCCUGGACCUCAACUCCUAUAACGUGGUGAAAGCCCCACAGGGCAAAAACCAGAAGUCUUUCGUGUUUAUCCUGGAGCCCAAGAAGCAGGGGGAUCCUCCAGUGGAGUUCGCCACAGACAGGGUGGAAGAGCUCUUCGAGUGGUUCCAGAGCAUCCGGCAGAUCAACUGGAAGAUGGACACCAAGGAGAACAAUAUGAGAUACUGGGAGAAGAACCAGUCUAUCGCCAUUGAACUCUCCGACCUGGUUGUCUACUGCAAGCCCACCAGCAAGACCAAGGACAACCUAGAGAACCCCGACUUCCGGGAAAUCCGCUCCUUUGUGGAGACGAAGGCUGACAGCAUCGUCAGACAGAAGCCCAUUGACCUCCUGCGCUACAACCAGAAGGGCCUGACUCGCGUCUACCCGAAGGGACAGAGGGUGGACUCCUCCAACUAUGACCCCUUCCGCCUGUGGCUGUGCGGCUCCCAGAUGGUGGCGCUCAAUUUCCAGACGGCAGACAAGUACAUGCAGAUGAACCACGCGCUGUUCUCACUCAACGGGCGGACGGGCUACGUCCUGCAGCCCGAGAGCAUGCGGACAGAGAAGUACGACCCGAUGCCGCCCGAGGCACAGAGGAGGAUCCUGAUGACCGUCACGGUCAAGGUCCUGGGCGCGCGCCAUCUCCCCAAGCUUGGCCGGAGCAUCGCCUGUCCCUUUGUGGAGGUGGAAAUCUGUGGAGCCGAGUGCGACAACAACAAAUUUAAGACGACGGUAGUGAAUGAUAACGGCCUCAACCCAGUCUGGGCGUCGACCCAGGAGAAGGUGACAUUUGAGAUUUAUGACCCCAACCUGGCCUUUCUGCGCUUUGUGGUUUAUGAGGAAGACAUGUUCAGUGACCCCAACUUCCUUGCGCAUGCCACCUACCCCAUCAAAGGCAUCAAGUCAGGCUUCCGAUCCGUUCCUCUGAAGAAUGGGUACAGCGAGGACAUCGAACUGGCGUCCCUCUUGGUUUUCUGUGAGAUACGACCCGUCCUGGAGAGUGAAGAAGAACUGUAUUCCUCCUGUCGCCAGCUGCGGAGGCGGCAAGAAGAGCUUAACAACCAACUCUUCCUCUAUGACACACACCAGAACUUGCGCCAUGCCAACCGGGACGCCCUCAUUAAAGAGUUCAAUGUCAACGAAAACCAGCUCCAGCUGUACCAGGAGCGGUGCAACCGGAGGUUACGAGAGAAGCGAGUCAGCAACAGCAAGUUUUACUCCUAGGAGCCGGAGUGUGUGCGCGCGUCUGUCUGCACGGAGGCGAGUGGGCUCCAGCGCAGCCUGGAACCACGCUGAUCUGUGACUUUGCUCAAGUCUGCCAUCAAGGGGACACUCCUGCAGGAGCCCCAGCCGGCGUGAGUCACGGUGGCUUCCUGCUGAGCUAAGACAGUUGUCCAAGAUGAACACCUCUGUUCUCUGUGGAGGCACCCAAAAACCUGCUGCUCGGUUUUGGCCUCUUGUGUUCCAAACCUCACUGAAUAAAAGCCACGCCAAUCUCUAUCAGUGCAGCCUUCUCUGCGUGACCUACACAGGGAACAGGAUUUCUUUUCUGCCCAAGAAGAUCCUGCUUCUGAUGACACAGGUCAUGGACUUCACCAAAGAUAAGCAGGAAGUGUAAGCACCGAAUUCAUUAGAUUCUGAAAAGGAGUUUAACAAGAGGGAAGUGAUACAGCAAUUAAAGCUGUUGGGUUCCAUCAGGUGGCCCCUCCCCCCAGGAGCCUGCCCCCAGUGACUGUCACUAGCUGGACAGCCCUCCUGCAGGGACUUGCUGCUGUCCCCGAGAAAUAGAUGGGCGACAAUAUGUGUUAAGACUAUUUGUAAAUAGUGAUGGAGACCCUGUGACAAGGGUGACGGGGGAGGGUCUGGAAGUGUUGGGGCCUCUUGGUUUCAGGCAGUACAUCACCCCAGAGAAGAGGUAGGCUUUUCCUGCAGAGUGGAGCCCUCUCGGAGGGCUCUCUGUCGGCAGACAGGAGGUCAAGAGCUGGUUUCCAGACUCCGAUGAAGGUGAGGUUCUGUGCAGCACUUCUCUGGGCGCUAGAAGCUUGAGCAGGCUGAAGCCCUACUCAGAGGGACAGAGCUACCUUUUUUUUUUUUUUUUUUGACAGGCAGAGUGGAUAGUGAGAAAGAGAGAGAAAGGCCUCCCUUUUCUGUUGGUUCACCCCGCAAUGGCCACUGCGGCCAGUGCACCACGCUGAUCUGAAGCCAGGAGCCAGGUGCUUCUCCUGGUCUCCCAUGCGGGUGCAGAGCCCAAGCACUUGGGCCAUCCUCCACUGCACUCCCGGGCCACAGCAGAGAGCUGGACUGGAAGAGGAGCAACCGGGACAGAAUCUGGUGCCCCGACCAGGACUAGAACCCAGUGUGCCAGUGCCGUAGGUGGAGGAUUAGCCUAUUGAGCUGUGGCGCUGGCCUAGACCUACCUUCUUAAUGGUACUACGUGCAGCUGCCUAGGGUUGUCUACCUACAUCUUGAGAUGAAAUUUGCUUGAUUGAACAGGCUUUUUAAAGGAGAGGCUAGUGCUGGCGUAAGGCUGGUCGGUCAAGUCACAGCUUCUCAGUGAACUGAAAACUGGCUUAGGGGAAGCCAGGUGUAACUUUGAGAAGUAGCGAGUGUGGUGGGAGACAGUAACCACCAAGACUGGUGCUUCACUGAGAUAGAGCUGGCUCCUGGAAACCCACUUAGCCUUCCUCUAGUUACCCAAAAUGCUGCACGUAGCAGACACAUGUUGCUGAGGAGCAGGUGAAAACCAGCCAUGCUCUGUGUCAAGACCCCAUCCGUUCAUACUACCAACACUUACUGGGCACCUCCAUCUGGCCAGCACGGCACCAAGGUCUGGGGCAGCAGUUUUGGUCUCACGGACCAGCCCCAUCCGUGAGCUCUGGAAGAAAGCCAUCUGCCAGCCCUACAGCCAGGCCAGCAGGUGACGGCUGUCAGACCGGUGGAGCCAUUAUCUCAUGACCUUACUUCAGUUGCUGCUGCAGCUGGGAGAUGCUGCUGUAUUUGCCUGCCAGCCAGCCAGGCCACGUGUCAUCACAGCCAAUGUUCAAGGCCGCUGCCAGACAAGGCUGUGUCAGCUGAAUGCUGCGGGGCGGGAAUUGCCAGACUCUGUAGCCAGUGCCCCAUUAGCCAGGGCCCAGGUAGGCACAGGAGUCUAAUUAUUGCACAUGGUGACUCCUCCCACUCUCUCCUGGUUCUGUCAUUACCUCUGCACCACAGAGCUCAGGUGUUGCUGUCACAACCUGUUUUCAGCUCCACACUUCACUGUAUUUCAAAGCCCAGAUUUUAAGGCCUGCAUCCUUUUGUUGUUGUUGCAUAAAUCAGACUUGAUCCUGCUCUAUCUAAGGAAUUGGGAAAUGGAGGAGCAGAGGGAAGAGAAUCCCUCGUCCUCUGCUGUCCCAGUACGGCCAUCCCCGUGCAGAGGGAGCCCAGGCAUGGGCUCUAUUAUAAAUGGUGCUGGGCAGAGCCCUCCACCUGCCACUGUCUCCUCCCGCAGGACUACAGUGGCUUGUGUCCACUGCUACAGGGACGGUCUUCAUUCUUCCAUGCUGCCCUUAAUAGGGUUUCACCUCAUAUAGUUCUUGGUUAGUGUGAGGACCCAAAUCAGCCCUCGCAGGAAGGACACAGAUGAGAAGAGCCGGCCAGGAUGCGCUAUAACCUAACUGGCUGAGAUGCACUGGUCACAGGCAGCUCAGGCUGAGCAGCCCAGGGGCAGGAAUGUUCUGGAAGAUGGCCGCAGCACUGCCGAAUUGAAACCUGACUGCAUGUGGCUUGUGUUGUGUUGUUCAUAGCUGCUCUCAGAGCAGUAUUCAGCAUAUUGGUCAUUGGGUGAAAAAAUCAAGGGCGGGGUGAAGGCUGGCUGCAUCGUGCCAGUUGGGAAACAGUUCAGACUCAGUGAAAUCAUCUCCAGGGCGAGGCCUGCGUGUGCGAGAGCUAAGAGGGGACAAGAUGACAUUUCUCAAACCCCCGAGAGGCGCCACACAGGACUCGUGCAUGGUGGGAAAGCUGAGGGCAGCCGCCCUGCAGAGAAGGUGGCGGGCCUCAGGUCACGCUUUGUGACCUGGUGAGAAUCUGGCUGAGGCCCCAAGGCUGGGACCAGCCAGCCUCUCCCUGGCCACCCCAGCUUUCCCAGGAACACAGCACCAGCACCUUCAGGAGAUGGGUUUUCAGGUCUUCGCCUUCCUAAUACUCAUCCAGCUCAGAAAAUGGCCUCCUCUCUCCUUGAAAAAGCAAACCCAACCUUCCCCGUCUCCUGUCUGCCGUGGGCACGAACCACAGGGUAAAAACCCAAACAGGAGACGUGAAAGACAUAACACAGGGUGGCCGGCCUUCUGCAGAUCUGCCGGUUCCCUGUUCUUUCCUUUUAACAAAAAGGAAGGAGAACCCCAAACGUUUCUAUGUCAGUGUAACUGCAGAGAGGUGGGAGGAAUUCUGUGCUUCUGCCAUCACUCAACUUCUGCUCCCAGCUGCUUAGCUGUGGGACCGGGGGUCACCAACACCUCCAUGCAUCACACAGAAGUGAUGCUGCACCUUGCUUCACUGUUCAUCUACAAACAGCCGUGGGGGAGAUGCCUCUUCACUGGAUUCAGUUAGAGAUUUCCAAUAAAACUUUGCUUCAUCAUCUGUUCAAAUUUGUACGACAUGUCUACUGAUAAAGCUCCAUCUUGAAGACGAAUUUUAAAGACUGAUGGCCUUAGGAUGACAGAAUUUUAUAUAAUUUUGUUAGAGAUACAAUUAAACAGUGUAUGAGCCAAAAAUAAGCUACAGUUGCGAGGAAGAAAUUAUAUAAAAGCAUAUAUUCAAGGAGUAAUGUGAAAGAUGUGGUAUUUCUAUUUAACAGAUGCCUGGUCCAUGUAAUUUUUGAAAGCACGAUGGUGUCUCUUCAGUAAAUAUUAUGUUCAGAGCCUCUUGGCUAAAGUUAAAAGGGAACGUAACAGUUUUAAACAAAGAUGCAGCAUCUAUAAUAUGCCAGCACUUACAUCUUCUGAAACUUCAUGAUGAAAAAUUUUAGACCUCAAUUUAGCAUUGUUCAAGGGAUACAAAGAUUUUCUACAUUCACUUAACAGAUGGCUGAGCAUAAAAUUUCAGAAUUGCUGAUUGAGGGCCCCUCAGUGAUGAAUUGUGUAUGGAAACGAGGAGGAGGUCUACCAGGGGCCUCCACACUCUCACCUUUAAAGGACGUUUAACCUCACCGUCAACUUGGGUGACAUCUAACUUCCUGGCAGAACCUUCUUAUGAUUCAGAAAUGUACAGGAUUAUAAAAUUGACAUUUAAAAAAUGAUGUGCUUUAAUUUUUAAAGAUAUUUUCUUCUUGAGUCAGUUCCAGAGAGAUUCUGCCUCUCUCAGAAAUCUCCACAUUUCUUAUUUUUCACUAGUUUCAAAAGCUGCAUUUGUAAACUUGUGUUUCAGUACAAAAGCUUAAUUUAUUUUUAUAUAUAUAGUAUAUGCCUGUGUGUACAUAAUUAUGUCAACGAGUCACACUGCUAAUGUGAAAAUUAAAUGACUGUAUCACAUUUGAAAGAAUAAAA